AUGUCCGACGUGGAGCUGGUGAAGAAGAUGCUGCGCGCCGUGCUGCAGAGCAGCAAACACGGUGUGGUUCUGACGCGGCUGCAGUCCGAUUACCGCUCUCUGACCGGAGACUUUAUCCAGCACAGGCAGCUCGGUCACUCCAGCCUGGAGAGUUUCCUGCGCUCCAUCCCCAGCGUGGUGCGCCUCGAACGCUCACGCACCGGAGAGGUGGUGUGCUUUGCGGCUGUUUGUGAGGAGACGGCGCACAUUGCCCAGCUGGUCGCUCGACAGAAGAACGCGAAGAAGACGGGACGUUCUCAGCUCCUGAACUGCCACAUGAGGGCCAAGUCCUCCUCACUGUUCACACACAGCGCUAAACCGCGCUCGUCCCUGCGGCAGCCCGGUCACAUGACUCGUCCCACACAGAGCUUCGCCCUUCAGUUAAGGAACUCGCGGUGCAGUUUCCAAGGCGACCAACGGCAGGUUUACUUAACCAACCUCCAGGCCAACCGAGUUCCCGCCCUCCGGAGUAUGAAGUCCUUGGGGUCAGUCAGGACGGCUGCUUUGGCCUGCAAGUUCCAAAAGGACUUGACGACUCAUCCGUCUAAGAACAGUCAGCCUGCAGGUCAGCGGAUGCCUGUAGAGGGCGGUGCAGGUGACGGUGGUGAUCUGCCGCUGAUUCAGAGCCGAAUAAAACAACUCCUGCAGAAGCACUGCAGCGGUGUCUGGCUCUCAAAACUGCCUCAGCUCUACAGAGACAUGUUCCGCCAGGAGCUGCCUUCGUACGCGCUCUCACAGCUGGAGAGCUGGACGCACAUCUGCACUGUGGAGAAGCCGGGCUGUAGUAACGUCGCAGGACGGCUGGUGUAUCCCGCAAAAGAGGCGUCCCCCGAAACCCACCGGGCCUCUCUUGCCCCUCUGAAACCCACCGUAACCCCCAAAACCCCUCCAAAAUCUUCUAUGGAUAGACAUUCUCUCCCACAGUCUCCAACGUCUCCAACUUCGCCUACUCUUAAACCGCUCAGUCCAGUCAGUGUGAAACUGUCGGCUUCUGGAGAAGACACCCCUAAAUCCUCUGUCACCUCUGACUCUCUGAGCCAGCCUCUGCUCACCCCGCCCUCCACGCCUCCUCCAGUGGUGCCGGUGUCUCCGGCUGUAAAGCAGAAGCUGCGGGAGUUGCUGGAUAAGUACAGUCAUGGCCUGUGGGCCCAUGCACUGCCCCGCCUCUUCCAGGAGGCCUUUAGGUGUGAUUUUCCCGAGGGCGUGCUGGACGACCUGUCCGUGCUGGCCGAUACCUGCGUGGUCGAGUACCCGAUGCCAGAUAACCGCCAUAAGGCCAUCCUAUAUGCACUGCCCAACGUUACCCAGCCCCGGUCACGGCCACAGCCACGCCCCCUCAUCAUCACCCGCUACGGCAACCCAGAGGUGCCUGCGCUGCCUCUGCCCAAAGAGGAGUUCCCCUCAGUACUGGUGAUGGAGGCCAACAGCACUAACAUUAUAUUCAGGUAUGUGGGUGAGGACUUUUCUAAGGCUCUGGAGAAGAUGGAGGACGCCAUGUUGGAGUUUUACCGCGGUGAUGGGGCGGGGCUUUCUCUCCCCUCUCCUACGAUUGGUCAGCUGGUUGCGGUCGCCCUGGAGGAUGACUCUGUGCUCCGAGCCCAGGUGCACCAGGUCACGACGGACAACGUUAAGGUGUUCUGUGUGGAUCAUGGUUUCUCAGAGGUUGUGGGAGGGGACAAACUCUUCCAACUCGGUGACCAGUUCCUCACGCUGCCCUUCCAGGCCACCAGCUGCCAACUCGCAGGUCUGGAGCCGUUCAGCGAGGACCCAGUGGUCCUGAAGACUCUAGAGUCCAUCGCCUGUGGACGGACGCUAUUGGCUGAGCUGGUGGAGCGGGAGGCCACGCCUCUCGUGGUGUUGUAUGACACGUCUCAGCAGACUGACGUUAACAUAAAUUCCGCCUGCCUUCAGGCCCUGCAGGACAAAACAAUGGAGAACCCCCUUCAGGUGAACAGUUUGUACUCUGACGUCUGUGUGACAAACGUGUGUUCAGAUGGCAGCGUGUAUUGCCAGCUACCGUCCCGCGGCCUGGCCAAGCUCCGAGACGUCAUGAGCAAGAUUGAAUCAUAUCUGCUCUCUCAGGUGACGUGGGAGCUGUUGGUGUCCCGGCCGUUCUGUGGUAAAGUGUGCCUGGCUCGACACAAAGGCAGAUGGGCCAGAGUGGAGGUCGUUAACCUUCACGGCAGUCGAGUUCUGGACGUUCGGUUUGUGGAUUUGGGUCUUCCUGCCUCACUGGAGGUCAGCGAGCUGAGAGAAAUCCCACCAGUCUUCCUCAGGGAGCUCAUCACCAUACCACCACAGGCUGUUAAGUGCCGUCUCGCAGAGUUGUCGGUGGAUGGAAGCGUGUGGCCCCCUGAUGCCGUCCUGUGGCUCAGAGAGACGCUGCUGAGCGCAGACGACUGCAGCAUGAAGAUUUCAAGUCUAGACUCAGCAGGACUCGUACAUGUUUAUCUUUUCCGUGGUGCUGGACCUCACGACUGCUCCUCCAGCGUGAACCUGCAGCUGGCCUCCUCCAGCCUGUGGCAGCGUCGGCACAACGCCCACCUCAGCGGGGUUACCAUGGUUACAGCGCCAGUCCUCCCCGAGGCGGGCGACGCUCCCUUGUGUGCCGGCGGCCUGGCGCCCUCCGUCCUGCCCCCACUGAUGCAGCUGCCUCGGCCGGGACAGAACCUGGACGUGUUCGUGUCGGUGGCCUGUCACCCGGGACACUUCGUCCUGCAGCCGUGGCAGCAGCUCUACAAGCUGGUGGUGCUGAUGGGAGAGAUGAUCCUCUACUACAACCGACAGGAGGAGAACCGCAUCAGCGUGGAGAAGAACCACAUCUAUGCUGCCAAGAUCGACAGCAAUUGGCACCGUGUGCUGGUUAAAGGUGUUCUGACGAACUCUUUAGUCUCUGUGUAUGAACUGGAUUAUGGGAAACACGAGCUGGUCCACUGCUCCCAGCUCCGCCCCCUCAUCAACGAGUUCAGACAGCUGCCCUUCCAGGGGAUUCCUGCACAGCUGGCAGGCGUGCGUCAGGGAGGAUGGGGUGAAGAGGCCUCCAUGGUGUUCCGAAACCACGUGGAGAGACGGCCGCUGGUGGCGCAGAUCGAGUCCGUCCAGGAGGGGGCGCAGCCGUGGGAGGCCCGGCUGUCUGUCUACCUGGUGGACACGUCGGCGGAUGACAGCGACCUGUGGAUCCACAACAUCAUGGCUGAGUUUAUGGACGAGCUCAGCAGAGCGGCGUAA